AUGCAGCCCUCUUUGCCAGGGUCCGAGCCUUAUCGGGCCAAGAAUACCCACUCAGGAAUGUUUGCCCCGAUCACGGAGGGCCAGCGUCUUUUCUUGACACCACGAAACUUCACCCCACCGUGUGCCAACUUCGCGGAAUCCUUGGUUGUGAAGGAUGGCAUCAUCACAUACGUCGGAGAGGCUUCCGCGGAGGAGGUGAAGGCGGCCAUCGAUGCGGGGGCUCGGGUCCGCGAUGUUGGUGGUCGCACCAUAUUACCCGGUCUUGUCGACGGACAUAUCCACCUGACCCAGCUGGGACAGACUCUGCAGAAGCUGAAACUCGACGACUGCAAGAGCCUCGCGGACAUCCGGAGGACGAUAAAGGAACACGCCGUCGCCAACCCCGAUCAGAAGCGCAUAUUCUGCAGCGGCUGGAUGCACUUCAUGACCCCCGAGGGCCCCCUGGCCUCGCUGAUUGACGACCUGGACCCGCGCCCCGUCCUGAUCACGGCGAAGGACCUGCACUCGACCCCGACCCCCCCCGGCGGCGAAAUCGUGCGCGACCCGAAGACCGGGCGCCCCUCCGGGCUGCUCUCCGAGGCGGCCAGCAUGAAGUUCGUCCCCCAGUACAUGGCGAGGUUGUCGACCCCGGAGGACCGCAUCUCGGCCAUCAAGACCGCCAUCGACGACUACAGCAGCGCGGGCUUCACGGGCCUCGUCGACAUGGCGAUGGAGGAGGACGGCUGGAGCGCGCUGCAGGAGUACAGACGGCAGGAGAAGGCGGCGGGCCGGCGGGUCCCCGUGCGCCUCGCCGCCUACUGGCUCAUCCUGCCGCGGGACGACGGCGCCGAGAACGUCAAGCAGGUCGAGCGGGCCGCCGAGCUCGCGCGGGCGUCCAGCCUCGAGACGGACCCCGACUGCCGGCUCGUCGGCGUCAAGCUCGUCUGCGACGGCAUCGUCGACGGGUGCACGGCGAUCCUGAGGGAGCCGUGCAGCCACGACGGCGACAACUGCGACCCGGCCUGGUCGCCGGAGCGGAUGGGCGCCGUGGUCGAGGCGGCGACGCGGCUCGGCCUCCAGGUCGCGCUGCACGCCAUCGACGUGCUCGAGAGGCACGUCGGGCCGGAGCGCCGCCCGCGCAUCGAGCACCUCGAGGUCACCGCGGCCGAGGACGCGCGGCGGCUCGGCCGCCUCGGCAUCACGGCGUCCGUCCAGCCCGUGCACGCCGACCCGGCCAUCCUCCGCGCGUGGCCGCGGCUCAUCGGCGAGCGCCGGUGCGGCCGCGCCUUCGCCUACAGCGAGUUCGCGGACGGCGGCGCGCCGGUGGCCAUCGGUUCCGACGCGCCGACGGCGCCGCACCACAUCGUGAGCAACCUCUACGUCGCGACUACGCGGCGGUCGGCGCGGGAGCCGGCGCUCGACGCCGUCGUUAACCCGCAGUUCGCGCUGUCGCUGUGCGACGUCCUGGCCGGCGCCACCGAGGGCGCGGCGAGGAGCUGCUUCCUGGAGGGCCGUGUGGGGUCUCUGGAGGUCGGGAAGAGGGCGGACCUGGCCGUGCUGGACAUGGAGUGGGAUCCCGAGAGAGCGCUCCAGACGAAGGUCCUGGAGACGUGGUUCGAUGGGAAACAGGUCUUCCCUUUCGGGGAGUGACUGGGCAGAGAGAACACCGAGCAUCGAGAUAAUGGCCUGUUUUGUUACUGAACGGGAAUCCUGACACAAACAAUCCACCGAUUAUGGCUAUCUAAGCGUGCUCUACAUGAGAUUGUAGCAACAAUGUGCGCUGUAGAAGCCAAACAUGCCAUCUUCGCCCGUUUAGAUCCUACGUCUUUCUGGAACACCACUACUUUGCGCCCACACCAUUCAAGCAAGCCCCAGUUGAAGGAGAACGGCGGC